AUGGGGAACUCCAGCAGUUCGCAAAAGAUUUCUUCACAGGAUCGAGCAAUUCUCGAUCUCAAGAACCAGCGCGAUAAGAUAUACCAGUAUCAGAAACGCAUCACCGUCCUCACCGACCGGGAAACCGCGAUUGCAAAGGAAUGUCUCGCCCGCGGUGAUCGGCGGCGAGCUCUACUCGCUCUCCGGCGCAAGAAAUACCAAGAAUCACUCCUCUCCAAGACCGAUAGUCAACUCGCACAGUUGGAACAGUUGACGGGCCAGGUCGAGUUUGCACUCGUACAGAAGGAUGUGCUGUUUGGGUUACAGCAAGGUACCCAAGUGUUGCAGGCUAUCAACAAGGAGAUUGGUGGGAUUGAGGCUGUGGAUCGGUUGAUGGAGGAAACGGCAGAAGCUCGCGCUUACCAAGAGGAGGUGAGCCAGAUGUUGGAGGGCAGUUUGUCGACGCAGGACGAGGAGGACGUUGAAGAUGAACUGGAGGCUCUACGGCAAGAGGUCGUUGGACCUGUCGACUUACCUGCAGUCCCUCAGGCUCCUCUCCCCGAGCACGGCGACGAAGUGCUGGGGGAGCCAGCGCAAGAGCAGCCCGAGGCCAAGACUAAGGCCAAGGCCCGGACGCCUGUCCUAGCGUCGUGA